AUGAAGAUUUCCUCAAACAGAAACUCGAUGGCAAGAAUAAGCGAUCAUCAGGCCACAUUUAUCAAUAAGGCAAUCGUUGUCACUUGUGGCAUCUUAUCAACAGCUCUCGCUUUCGCAGCUGAACCUCUGGGAGGGAUUCUACGGGUUUGCGUCAAUGUAAUGGGUGCCAUGUCUGGCCCGAUGGUUGCGAUAUUUGUGCUGGCCAUGUUCGUUCCUCGAUCAGGUUUUUGGAGCUGCAUAGUGUCAUUUGUCGUAUCUAACAUCGUUAUGGUCAUUAUCUGUAUAGCAAAUUAUGUCGAGGAUCCUUAUCGGAAUCUCUUUCUUCCGACAAAUUCGAGCAGCGCAGGAUGUGGCUCACGUAAUUUUACUCUUAGACGGCCACCUCUGUACGAUGCUCACUACGGUGACCCAAACACCAUGUUUAUUUCAAGGAUCUCCACCUACGGUUAUGCUGGAGUCGGCUUUGUGAUAAUGAUGGCAAUAGGAGUACUUAUAAGUGUUGUAAAACCCGAACAACGAGCCGAAAGGGUGCGGCAUCUCACGUUCGCGGGGAGGAAGGAGCCAUGGCCGGAGUCUAGUCACGAGUUUGACCAUUUUAUUCCAGUUGCUAGAGCGACGUGA